CUUCUUCAGUCUUGCAGAGACCUCAGAACCCUUAAAAGGCUCCACCUUUAUCUCUCGGAUGGAAGACGACGAUGAAUUCGGAGAUCUCUACACCGACGUUCUUCAAUCCUUCCAGUCCUCCCAGCCCUCCUCCGCUCCGCCGCCGCCGCCCCAGCUGCAGCCUCCCCACCCUCCGAUCGAUCUCAACCUCAAGACCGGACCCGCCGCCGCCGCCGCCGACGAGAUCCUACCCCCAGCUCCGGCGCAAUCCAAUCCCAAUUCGCAAACCCUAGCUCCCGAUUCGGCUCCCCGCGCCUAUUCCCAACUCGGCGCUAGGGUUUUGGAGGCGGGAGAUGUCAAAUUGGGGAGUAAAGAUUCGGAUUUGAAUGAAAAGGAGGUGGAUUUCGAUAUCGAGGAGGAGGAGGGCAGUAAUGGAAUUCCCGGCAUCGGAUUCGACGCCGUGAUUCCGGGCCUCUCGGGGGCCGCGCCGGUGAGUAGUACGGCGGAGGUUGCGGAGUAUAACCCGGAAGGUACUAGAAGGGACCCCGGCGGCGACGAUUGGGACAGUGAUGAUUCGGAGGACGAUUUGCAGAUUGUGUUGAACGAUAACAACCCAAUGGGGAUGGAGAGAGGCAAUGGCGGCGACGAUGACGACGGGCUGGUUAUCGUGGGGGACAGCGAGCUUCACGGGGCGGCGGAGGAGCAGGAGUGGGGGGAAGAAGGGCAGCAGGCGGCGGAAGGCGAGAGGAAGGAGAUGGGGGAAGCUGGGAGAGGAGGAGGAGGAGGUCCGAUGGUGGCGCCAAAAAUUGGGUUUAGCAAUCAUGGGUAUCAUCCAUUUCAUUCCCAGUUUAAGUAUGUGAGACCAGGUGCUAUGCCGAUCGCUGGACCAACUAAUUCUGGUCCUGGUGGAGUCCCAGGUCAAGUUCGUCCACUUGGAAACAUGGGUCCAACACCUGGUCGAGGUAGAGGUGACUGGAGACCAACUGGAUUAAAAAAUGGUACUCCGCUGCAGAAAAAUUUUCAUUCCAACUUUGGUACGCCUGGUUGGGGCAGCAAUAUGGGUGGUCGUGGUUUCGGGGGUGGACUUGAAUUCACACUUCCUUCUCACAAGACCAUAUUUGAUGUCGACAUUGAUGGUUUUGAGGAAAAACCUUGGAAAUAUCCUGGUGUUGAUACUUCAGACUUUUUCAACUUUGGAUUAAAUGAAGAUACCUGGAGAGAUUAUUGCAAACAGCUGGAACAGCUUCGCUUGGAGUCCACAAUGCAAAGCAAAAUUCGUGUUUAUGAAAGUGGACGAACAGAACAGGAGUAUGAUCCAGAUCUGCCUCCAGAAUUGGCAGCAGCAACUGGCAUGCAUGACUUUCCUACUGAAAGUACAAACCCGGGAAAAUCAGAGGGCGGGCAAAGUGAUUUUGCAAAAGGACCUGCUCGCCUGCGUCCACCUAUUCCAACUGGAAGAGCAAUACAGGUAGAAAGUGGUUAUGGUGAACGUGUCCCCUCAAGUGAAAACCGGCCACAGCGAAUGCGUGACUCAGAUGCUGUAAUUGAAAUUGUCUUGCAGGACUCUUUAGAUGAUGAUACUUCUGCUGGAAUCCCUGAUGGAACUGAAAAUGAUCUCUCAAAGGAGGAUGUUGGUAGAAGUUCUAAUGGUGAGGGAGACCUUCCACAGGAUGAAAAACCCCACUUCAAUGGUUUGCCGCAGGCUCUCAAUAAUCAAAAGAGUGAUCCGCUUGGAAGGAAAAGACCAUACAAUGAUAGUGUGCCAGAAGAUGAUGAAAGCUUGCCCAUCCGUCCAGAAGUGUCAAUCCAACAUGCUGGUUCUGGGGACCAUACUCCCAGUUCUGCUGGGGGUAGUUACGGAGAAAAUAGGGGGACACAGAGAAGAGCACGUGAAAGAUCUCCGCGGAGUACAAGAGGCAAGAAAUUUCUCGAUAAUCAUAAAGAAGGAUCAGUGGAAAGCGUGGAUGGUGGACGUAGUCCGUUGAUCUCAUCUCCCAUCUCACAUGGGGCUGCUCGUGAGUCAAGUGUUGAGCGUAAAAGCGGUGACCAAGAUGAGCCUCUGUCGGGUGAUGAAAGCUCUGGGAUGGAAAAAGAGGAUAUGGAUGUGAAUGUUAAUGAUGGAGUUCCAAACCAUAAGUUGAGUCCACAAGUUGAACGGUCUGCUGAUGAAGAACUUGAUGAUGGUGAUGACUCCAAGGCUGCAAGAAGUAGUGACAACAGCAAAGCAAGAUCAGGGAGCAGUAGAGAUUACCAGAAGUGGAGGGAUGGGGUUGAGGAAGAAGUCAUUCAAGGACGGUCAGGUCACUCAGGGGGCAUCAAGAGUCACCUUGAUGGAAAGGAACAGGGAUUCCAAAGAAAAGGCCGUGAUGGUAGACAGGAACCUGAUAGAAGUCAAAUGUUAGUCAAAGGGAGGGAGGGUUCAUAUCCUUAUAGGGAUUGGGAUCCUAACUCUACACAUCAUUUGCAAUUUAAAAAUGAUGCGCUUUACAGGCGAAAAGAAAGGGAAAAUAUCGAUGGAGCAUGGCAGAGGAGGGAUGAUGAUCCUUAUAGCAGAAGGAUUAGAACUGAAGAACCAAGGAAGAGGGAUCGUGGUGAUGAAAUGGGAUCUAGACACAGGAGCAAGGUUCGUGAAAGCGAGAGGAGUGACAAAGAUGAGUAUAUGCAGUCAAGAAAGCAGUUAGAUAAUGGCAGCUAUAGGGCCUUUUAUGACAAGGAUGCGGUGGGAUCACGACCUAGGGAAAGAGAUGAUGGUUUGAAAGGCAGGUAUGAACAUAUAGAUGAUUACCAUGGCAAGAGAAGGAAAGAUGAGGAAUACAUGAGGAGGGACCAAAUUGAUAAAGAAGAACUUCUGCAGGGCCACAGAGAUACUACCACUCAUCGAAAGCGUGAUAGGGAUGAAGUCUUAGAUCAGCGUAAAAGAGAUGACCAACAGAAAGUCAGGGAUAAUCCUGAUGAACACCACUCUGUCAGGCACAAAGAUGGAAGCUGGUUGCAGAGGGAGAGAGGUGACAGACAAAGAGAAAGGGAGGAGUGGCAUAGGCUUAAGCAAUCCCAUGAAGAGAAUAUACCCAAGAGGGAUAGAGAUGAUGGACGAGUUUCUGUAAGGGGUGGUCGUGUUUCAGAAGACAAAGCAUGGGUAGGCCAUGGUAGAGUGAAGGAUGAAAACAAAGGCUCUGAUAAGGAGCACCAAUACAAAGAGACUGUGCGACACAGUGAGCCGUCUAAAAGAAGGGAUCGGAUUGAGGAGGACAGUUCACAUCAUAGGGGACGUGAGGAUGCUCAUGCACGGGGAAACCAAAUGAAUAUUGAUGAGAGAAGAUCUGACAAGGAGAGAUCAAGUACUCGCAAUGAACGUGCUGAUAGCCAGAAGGUCCAUGAUAGAAAACAUAAAGAGAAUUCAAGAAGGAGUAAAGAAACUGAAACUGCUGAUAUCAGCACUUCAAUCACUUCCAAGAGACAUCAGGAAGACCAAAGUGGUCGUAGCAGGGAGAUGGGCUUGAAAGGCACCCGUGAGCAAGGACUUGGUCACUCUUCUAAAAGGCACAAGGAAGAUGCUUCUUCUGAUGAUGAGCAGGAGGAUUUAAAGAAGGGGCGCUCCAAAUUGGAACGAUGGACAAGCCAUAAGGAGAGGGAUUUCAGCAUCAACAGUAAGUCACCCUCCAACUUAAAGUUGAAAGAGCUUGAUAGGGGAUCCUCAGAUACCAGUAAACUUCCAGAUGAUUCUUCCAAGCUAGUUGAGGCUGUCAAUAACCAACACCCAUUGGCCGAUGAGAAUGUUGGUGAUCAGGAUGUUAAGGAUGCUGACACAAAACCAGUAGAUUCAGACACGAUAAUGGAGGGCCGUCACCUGGACACUGUUGAGAAGUUGAAGAAACGAAGUGAGCGGUUCAAGCUCCCAUUGCCAAGUGAAAAAGAACCAUCGACCAUUAAGAAGAUCGAGACCGAAGUGCUACCUUCCCCUAAUAGUGACCCUCCUGUGGUGGAAUCUGAGAUUAAACCAGAACGACCAGCUCGGAAAAGAAGAUGGGUCAGCAACUGAAUAUGAAAUGGAGGAGCAUAGUUAGUUGGACAAGUUGAUGCGUUAUGAGGGAAGUUAUGCUUGACAUGAUGCCGGGUUAUUCAUUCCAGCUUCCUGAGGGUGCCCAUCGGUGCAGUAGUUUCUCAAUUUGUAAUCCUGCCGCGACUGUAUACUUAGUAAUGUUUUCAUUUGUAUAUACUGGUGAUUGUAAGUUUGUAACUGGUCACUAAUAGUGGCACAGCAUUGCGUUUCGAGACU